UCACAGUCGGCCACGAUUGGGAACACGGGAAACGAUAUAACGCACACGAGUAAGCCAAACGGCACAAUCUGUCAGAAACACAAAAUCUAAGAAGGUACAUCUCUAUUGAAGCCGUUACCAGUGUAUAAUAACCAAAGGAGCUGAACAAGAUAUAAAUGAUCACAAUGAAACUAGUGGUGCCAGUUUGUUUGGCGGUGUUGUUGCUAGCCUUGGUUCAGGGGAAAGAUGAUGAUGAGAAGAAGAAAGAUAGUGUAGGAACAGUGAUUGGAAUUGAUCUAGGAACUACUUACUCCUGUGUUGGAGUGUUUAAAAAUGGACGCGUAGAAAUCAUUGCUAAUGACCAGGGAAACCGAAUCACGCCAUCCUAUGUGGCUUUCACCAGUGAAGGUGAACGUCUGAUUGGAGAUGCUGCUAAGAAUCAACUGACCAGCAAUCCUGAGAACACAGUCUUUGAUGUCAAACGUAUGAUUGGUCGUACAUGGGACGACAAAUCUGUACAGAAGGACAUCAAAUUUUACCCAUUCAAUGUUGUCAACAAAGGAAACAAACCCCAUGUUGAUGUUGAUACAGGUUCUGCAAGAAAGUCGUUUUCCCCUGAAGAAAUUUCUGCUAUGGUUCUUGGAAAAAUGAAGGAAAUCGCUGAAGCAUUCUUGGGUAAGGAAGUCUCCAACGCUGUCAUUACUGUGCCUGCUUACUUCAAUGAUGCUCAGAGACAGGCUACAAAGGAUGCUGGUACCAUUGCUGGACUCAACGUCAUGCGAAUCAUCAAUGAGCCAACUGCAGCUGCCAUUGCAUAUGGUCUUGAUAAGAAAGAAGGAGAGAAGAACAUCCUUGUGUUUGAUCUUGGUGGUGGUACCUUUGAUGUGUCCCUUCUGACCAUCGACAAUGGCGUGUUUGAGGUCGUAGCAACUAAUGGAGACACUCACUUGGGAGGAGAAGACUUUGACCAGCGUGUCAUGGAACAUUUCAUCAAACUCCACAAGAAAAAGAAGGGAAAGGACAUCAGAAAGGAUAACCGUGCUGUUCAGAAGUUGCGUCGUGAAGUAGAGAAGGCCAAGAGAGCUCUGUCAUCCCAGCAUCAGACCAGAAUUGAGAUCGAGUCUCUGUUUGACGGAGAAGAUUUCUCUGAAACACUCACCAGGGCCAAGUUUGAGGAGCUGAACAUGGAUCUUUUCCGAUCAACAAUGAAACCAGUACAGAAAGUUAUGGAAGAUGGUGAUCUGCCAAAGAAUGAGAUUGCAGAGAUUGUACUUGUUGGAGGAUCAACCAGAAUUCCAAAAGUCCAGCAACUUGUCAAGGAGUUUUUUGACGGAAAGGAGCCAAAUCGAGGUGUCAAUCCUGAUGAGGCUGUUGCCUAUGGUGCUGCUGUUCAGGCUGGAGUUCUGAGUGGAGAGGAAGACACUGGAGAUCUGCUGUUGCUGGAUGUCAACCCCCUUACCAUGGGAAUUGAGACUGUUGGAGGAGUAAUGACCAAAUUGAUCCCUCGUAACACUGUCAUCCCAACCAAGAAAUCACAAAUUUUCUCCACAGCAGCUGAUAACCAGCCAACUGUCACUAUACAGGUAUUUGAAGGUGAGAGACCCAUGACUAAGGACAACCAUUUGCUUGGAAAAUUUGAUUUGACUGGAAUCCCACCAUCACCCCGUGGUGUGCCCCAGAUCGAGGUCACAUUCGAGAUAGACGUAAACGGUAUCCUGAAGGUCACUGCUGAAGACAAGGGUACUGGAAGCAAGAACCAGAUAACAAUUCAGAACGACAAUAAUCGUCUGUCACCAGAUGACAUUGAGCGUAUGAUCAAUGAUGCAGAGAAAUUUGCUGAUGAAGACAAGAAAAUAAAGGAGAGGGUUGAUGCCAAGAAUGAACUUGAAAGUUAUGCUUAUUCACUGAAAACACAGAUAGGAGACAAAGAAAAAUUAGGUGGUAAAUUAAGUGAUGAAGAUAAAACAACAAUUGAAGAAGCUGUUGAAGAAAAAAUUAAGUGGUUAGAUAGUAAUGCUGAAGCUGAGGCUGAAGAGUUUAAAGCACAAAAGAAAGAACUAGAGGAAGUUGUUACACCUAUAAUGAGUAAACUUUACCAGGGAGCUGAUGGUGCUCCACCCCCAGAGGGAGGGGAAGAUGGAGAGGAUCAUGACGAAUUAUAAAAAUUGUGGAAUCUAGAUUUAAAUUAUUUCUCAUUUAAAUAGGUUGUUUCCUAUAAAUUUAUCAUAUUUGAACAAUGACUUGGAAUUUAAAGAGAAGCUAACCUGGUCUGGUUAUUUAGGCUAAUGUCCUAUGAACAAUUAAACAAUAUUUCUUAAUAUUAAACAAGGAAAUUUUUGCUAUCUUUAAGUUGCAGUUAAAUAUAUUUCCAAGUUUCUGUUCUGAUAAAAAAAGUUUUGCAUCAAAAUGCAAAUUUCUCUAUCGUUAGACAUUUAUCCAUUUUGUAAUAUAAAUCCAAUUCAUUGUGGGCAAGAAGAGCAUGUAAGAAUGCAUGUAAAGUGCUGUUGAACCAUUUUGGUAUAAAUAUUGAUGUGUGGGUUCAAGAGGAACAGUUAACAGUGAUAUUAUGUUUGUGUAUGAUUUGUGUACAUGUGUCUGUCACCAUGAGAUAAUUUUGGUUCAGUUAGAACUUCAUAUCAUCAUCUUGUUUCUCUUUGGGUUUUGAAUAUUUUUUUCCCUCCAUUUUAAGGAACCUUGGAUUUCAGACUUGACAUCUGUUUGUUAUAAUUGGACCAUAUCAUGUUAUGAUGAAUAACUUGGAGAAUGUUUUGAUAGUAUAUAAGCACGACUUGGUUAAUUUUAUGUGUGAGAAUGUAUUGGACUUUGUUUCAUAUCUUGUACUGAUGAGGGCACCUGGUUGAUAGCUUUCUUAUAAAUUGUACUAUUAUUAAAAAAAAUCACACAGUUUCUUUUCUUAGAAAUUUGAUGAAAAUGAAGACAAAGUAUGGAAGAUUGAAUUUUUUUGCAAGCUUUCAACAUUCAAAUUGAUGUUCUCAUGACAUCUGAUAGUGAUUAUGUGUGAGAUAUGGAUGUAUAGUUAUUGGGAAAUGUGUUAACUGUUGAGUGAGUAUGUAUGAUUUGUACAUAUGUGGUACAUGAAUGUAUAUAUGUAAGACUGAAUAAUAAAAGAAAGAUUUUUGUAAAAAAAAAA